UGCCAGACCUACUUUUUAGCAGUUAUUUGCAGCCAUUUUGCAGCUCGUUUCUGAAUCCACUAGCAGCAUUGUGUUGCUCGUAGGUGCAAUUAUCAUUAAAUCUGAUUUUUUUUGGUUCUUGUUCGUUUUAUUUUGCUGUUUGGUACUUUGAAUUAUAGUUAUUCAUAAUGGAAAAAUUUUUUGAGUUUGAUAGUGAACUGUUAAUAUUAGAAGUUCAAAAGAAUGACUGUUUGUACGAUUGUAAAUCAGAGGACUACAAUAACAGAGACUCAAGAUUAAAUGCAUGGACAAAUGUUUGCCAAAGCCUCUAUGGAUAUGGAUGGGACGACUUAGACUUUGGAACUAAAGGACAUAUGAGAAAGGAGGUUCAAAAGCGUUGGAAAAGUUUAAAGGAUGCGUACCAAAGAUCACUAAAAACUCGUGAAAAAAAAAGUGGUAACGGGUCGAGCAAGAAAAGGCCAUAUAUUUAUGAAAAACAAAUGUGGUUUUUAAACACAACUAAGACGUCCAGACUUACAACGGGAACCAUGGACAAUGAGAGUAAUGAAAGCGAUUGGGAUGCAAACACAGAGGAAGAACCGUUUAUAAUAGAAUAUGAUACAUCUACCAACGAUACUGGCAAUAGUGUAAUUAAAAAGCCACCUCAUAAAAAAAGUAAUAGCGAUGAUGACUACGAUUCUCAAUUUGUAGAUAUUUUAAGAAAUAGUAGUAGUCCAUUUUUAUCAUCCCAUCCAUCUGUCGAAGCACAGGACGGGGACAAACUGUUUCUCCUUUCGUUAUUGCCUUAUUUAAAGGAAAUGACAGAUUUUAACAAAGUCGAUUUCAAAAUUAAAGUAAUGGAACUAAUCAAAAAUCAAAUGGAUUCAAAACAAAAACAGUAAAACCACUCAGUUGAUCAGAUGUCUACACUUUCUCAGGCAUCUUGAGAUAGCAGAUUUAUCUAUGCCCAACAACGCCAAUUCACUGAUGCUGCAUCAAUUGGUACAUCUAUCGUUUCACCCGUCUCAAGUACUCAAUACUCCGAUGAAGAUAUCUUAUACACCAUAAUGUAAUUCUACCUAUUUCGUUAUAUAUAUAUAU